UUGGAGACCAGGAUAAGCUCUGAUUUGACUUCUGAGAGGGUUCCCCUGUCUCUGUGCUCUCCCCUUCUACUGAAGACUGUGAGGAUUAUAAAGGCUCAUACUGCAUUUUUUGGGAGAAACAACAGUCUUUUGUAACUCAUUUUGCGUUUUUGCUGUUGGUGCUUUUUUGAGAUUUUGAGUCUAUAUCAGUGAGGAUGAGCAAGACCAUGGGCAGCCCAAUUGACACAAUGGACGACGGCUCCUUCAUGUUCACGUCUGAAUCUGUGGGAGAAGGACAUCCAGACAAGAUCUGUGAUCAGAUUAGUGAUGCAGUUUUGGACGCCCACUUGAGAGAGGACCCUGAUGCCAAGGUGGCCUGCGAGACUGUGUGUAAAACUGGCAUGGUGCUGCUGUGUGGAGAGAUUACUUCUUCUGCAAACGUGGAUUACCAGAAGGUCGUGAGAGACGCUAUCAAAUACAUUGGUUAUGACAACUCUGAUAAAGGCUUUGAUUAUAAGACCUGUAAUGUACUGGUGGCUCUGGAGCAGCAGUCUCCUGAUAUAGCACAAGGUGUCCAUGUCGACAGACAUGAAGAGGACAUCGGUGCUGGAGACCAGGGUUUGAUGUUUGGGUAUGCCACAGAUGAGACAGAGGAGUGUAUGCCCCUCACAAUUGUACUUGCACACAAGCUGAACGCCAAGAUGGCCGAACUACGCCGUGAUGGUACCGUUCCAUGGCUGCGCCCUGACUCUAAAACUCAGGUCACUGUUCAUUACAAGCAGGAGAAUGGGGCAGUGAUUCCACUGCGUGUUCACACUGUGGUGAUCUCAGUCCAACACGAUGAUGACAUUUCUCUGGAGGAGCAGAGGCGCAUUCUGAAGGAGAAAGUCAUUAAAGCCGUGGUGCCAGCCAAAUACCUGGACGAAAACACCGUCUACCACCUGCAGCCCAGUGGCCGAUUCGUAAUUGGAGGCCCCCAGGGUGACGCAGGGGUGACAGGGAGGAAAAUUAUUGUGGACACUUAUGGUGGCUGGGGUGCCCAUGGAGGUGGGGCUUUCUCAGGGAAAGACUAUACCAAAGUGGACCGGUCCGCUGCAUACGCAGCCCGCUGGGUGGCCAAAUCUCUGGUGAAAGCCAAACUGUGCAGGAGAGUGCUCGUACAGGUAUCUUAUGCCAUUGGAGUAGCACAUCCUCUAUCCAUCUCCCUCUUCACUUACGGUUCCUCUGAACGGACAGAGAAAGAACUUCUCCAAAUUGUAAACAAGAACUUUGACCUGAGGCCUGGUGUCAUUGUCAGGGAUCUGAAGCUGAAGAGACCCAUCUAUCAAAGCACUGCCUCCUAUGGCCACUUUGGCAGGGCUGAGUUUCCCUGGGAGCAGCCCAAAAUACUCAAGUAUUAAAUCAGGAGUGGCAGCAUGUACACAAUCAGGAAACACGUACAUCAACCAUCAACUCAGAGGCAGUUCUCUCUCUCUCUCUCUCUCUCUCUCUCUUUCUCCCCUUUUCUCUUUCUCUCCAGCUCUCUGAGUACCUUUAUCAUUUUUCUUUCUCUUUUUUAUGACUGCACAUUCUGCAUUCUCAGUCAGAAGCAGAAAUGUGUAUUGAAAUGUAAUUGGUCUUGCUUGAACAAUUCAAUCCUCAAGCCAAAUUCUCCUCUUCAAUCUCAAAAACACAGUCAGUCAACUUCUUUUUCACAGACCAGUUUAAAAUCCUACGGACAGAAAAAAAAAAAAACAGUUUACUCAGCAACCAGUAUUAUCUCAGCAGUAAUAAAUGAAUGAUAUCCAUAACAGUCAACAGGGAGGCAGAUUUAACUUGAGUGAUAGAGAGAGGCCAGUUAGAGAUAGAGAGAGGGAGGGAGUAAGACAGGAGAGAGUGGGAAGAGACAGGAAAAGAGAGAGAUAGACAGAGAGAGAGAGAGAGAGAGAGAGACAUUAUGAUUCUUAGCCCUUGACUUUAAAUCCUGAGAUAUCUAAAACAUUCUCAGUUCUGUGUAAAACGGCAGCUCUUAAGGAAAUUGUUUCAUCCUGAGUCUUUACAUUUAUUGUUGCUGUAUGUCAGUCAUCCAUGGGAUUGACUACACUACUGCGCAAUAACAAAUUUUCAAAAAAAAAAAAAGGUCUCUUUGAGCUGGUCCGGCUGGCUAAAGUAUUUUUAUAAUAAUCAUUCAUUUGUUACAGAUUAUUCCAUGACUAUGUGAUGUUCAUCUCUCUGUCAUUCCUUUACUGUACAGUCUACAACGUAAAUAAUUUACAAAGAAUGAAUGUGUAACACAGUUGCUGCAUCUUCUCUGUCUCUGAUGUCACCAGAGGUCAGUACUGCUCUCUCUCUCCCUCAUUAAAACAGGCUCACAGUUCGAGCAUUUUUUUUUUCCUAAAAGAAACUGUAAAUUUGAAAAUAUCUUUUUGGUUGAGCCGAGCUCUGUGAGUGAGUAGAGCAGAUUUUGGAUGACUCUGUGGACAACUGUAUAUUCUUGACAUUUUGAUUUCAUGUCAUUUAUUUUUAAAACAUUUAUUUUGAAGACAUUGACUCUUCUUGAGUGCUAUGUAAUUUCUUUAUGUUGAUUUUCUUUUUUUUUUUUUUUAAACAAAAUGGAUGUUUAAUUGUGGCAUAUCAGUGACUCUGAGGACUGUAGUGUUUUUAGAGAGUGCUGUGGAACUGACACUAUUUUAAAUGUGAGUGUGGUUUUUGUUUACAUCUACAGAUCAGCACCUGAUCUUGUAAAAGCAUGUCUCUGCCUUACUGGGGGGAGGGGGGGUGUCAGUGACCCUGAGUGUUUGCCUGUGUACACCGUCAACACAUAAGCAUGUCCAUAUUAUGCUAUGAAUAUGGGUACGUGUGCAUUUGUGUUCGUGUGUGUGUGUAUGUGUGUGUGUGUGUGUGUGUGUGUGUGUGUGUGUGUUUAUAAAGGUGUUGCUACCCUGCUUCAUUCCCACCCCACCCCUCAGGCUCCUGGGCCAAUGUGAUCUUCAGUCGGAAUUCUUAAAGCUUUCAUCUGACCAUGUAAAUAAUUUUGCAUUAUUAAAAUUUUUGAAAAUUAAAUGACUGUGUCCCACA